CGGGGGGACGCUGGGCGCGCGCCGCGGCUCCCGCUCCCGGCGCCUCCUCAGCCCCGACCCGCCGCAGCCCGCACCCGCCGCGUUAAUAAUGCACUAGAAUGUCAGCGCUGAAAAAGGUUCUGCCUGGCAUACUGCAGAAGCAUUGCUGCAUUUUACCUGACAGGAACACAGAGUCACAGUGUACACUCUGUGGGGAGCCUGAAGAUUUGGAUUCUCUAACAGGGCAUGCAUUUCCAGAAGAAGAGGGUGGCGAUCUGCUCAAGUCGGGCUUCAGUUUUCCAGGGACGCCAGAGGAGGAGCUAGGUACAGAUACCAUCUCUCAGAUAACUGACCAGCAGUACUCAUGGUCACCUUCUCAGCACUUCAAUGAAGAAAGAUACUCUCCUGCUGCGAGGAAUAUGAAAGGAUUAUCUGGUAGUCGCAAUCAACCACAGUUAUGUUCAGCUCAUACUUGUGGCUUAGCAUCCCCUGAAGAUUGUGAACACACCCACGACCAUAUCCACCAUGGGCAGGAGCCAAGGCAGUCGUAUCUUCUCAGCCCCACGGAGAGUUGCCCGCUGGAUCACCAUCGUUGCUCUCCACGCAGCUCCAUUCAUUCUGAGUGCAUGAUGAUGCCCAUGGUAAUGGGCGAUCACAUGUCAAGUAGCACUUUCCCCAGAAUGCACUACAGCUCACAUUACGACUCGAGAGACGACUGCACCAUGUCUCACGGUAACCCUAAGAUUAACCGUAUUCCUGCAAAUCUUUUGGACCAAUUUGAGAAACAACUUCCUCUUCACCGGGAUGGGUUUCACACUUUACAGUACCAGAGGACCUCAACAGCUGCGGAACAACGCAGUGAGAGCCCGGGAAGAAUACGCCAUCUUGUUCAUUCUGUCCAGAAACUUUUUACUAAAUCGCAUUCUCUGGAAGGAUCAUCCAAGGGCAAUGUUAAUGGAACAAAGGGAGACAGUCGAGGGGACGAUCAUCAUCAUGGGCACCAUUCCAAGCAUAGCAAAAGGAGUAAAAGCAAGGAGCGAAAACCAGAAAGCAAGCAUAAAUCUGGAAUGAGUAGCUGGUGGAGCUCUGAUGAUAAUUUGGACAGUGAUAGCACUUACAGAACCCCUAGUGUGGUAAAUAGGCACCAUGCAGAUCAUAUAUCCCAUUGUUAUCCUGAGGCACUCCAGGGGCAUUUUGGGGAUCUCUCAUUGAAGACUUCCAAAAGUAACAAUGAUGUGAAGUGUUCGGCUUGUGAAGGGCUACCAAUGACCCCUGAUAGUAAAUAUAUGAAAAGGAGUUCUUGGUCAACGCUUACAGUAAGCCAGGCUAAAGAAGCUUAUCGCAAAUCAUCACUGAACUUAGAUAAGCCUCUGGUUCAUCAGGAAAUCAAACCUUCUUUGAGGCCGUGCCAUUACCUUCAGGUACCUCAGGAUGAAUGGGGAGGAUACCCGGCUGGUGGGAAAGACGAAGAGAUCCCCUGCAGAAGAAUGAGGAGUGGGAGCUAUAUUAAGGCCAUGGGAGAUGAAGAAAGUGGAGACUCUGAUACUAGCCCCAAGACAUCACCAAAAUUAACGGUUCGACCGGAGUCAUUAUUAAAAUCCAUUGGACAACGACCACUGGGAGAUCAUCCAAAUCAGAGCUACCUUCAAACUGCAAGUGACGUGCCUGGGGGUCACAACCUGGAUCCCUCUGCAAACUACAAUUCCCCAAAGUUUCGCUCAAGGAAUCAGAGCUAUAUGAGAGCAGUGAGCACGCUCAGUCAGGCCAGCUGUGUUAGUCAGAUGAGUGAAGCAGAGGUUAAUGGGCAAUUUGAAUCGGUGUGUGAAUCAGUGUUUAGUGAAGUUGAAGCUCAGGCAAUGGAUGCCCUUGACCUCCCUGGAUGUUUCCGAACAAGAAGCCACAGUUACUUGCGUGCCAUUCAGGCAGGUUAUUCCCAAGAUGAUGAAUGUAUACCCGCGCUGACAUCUUCCAACAUCACCUCAACUAUCAGGUCAACCACAGCUGUAACUUAUACAAGUUACAAAAAAACACCACCACCGGUACCCCCUCGUACCACUUCCAAGCCACUGAUCUCAGUCACGGCACAGAGCAGCACAGAAUCCACCCAGGAUGCCUAUCACGACAGCCGGACUCAGAGGAUAUCCCCGUGGCCGCAGGACGGGCGAGGGAUGUACAACUCCACCGACAGUUUGGACAGCAACAAGGCCAUGAAUCUCGCCUUGGAGACUGCAGCCGCACAGCGCCACGCGGCCGAGGGCCAGAGCACCUCCAUACGGACCAGCGACAAGGCCAUUUUAGUGACAAAAGCAGAGGAGUUUCUUAAGAGUCGGCGUUCCUCUAUAGGGAUUCAGGUGGAAACAGCAACUGACUCAGACACUGAAAGCAGAGGCCUACGGGAAUACCACUCUGUUGGAAUACAAGUGGAAGAUGAAAAACGGCACGGACGAUUCAAGCGCUCAAACAGUGUAACAGCAGCUGUCCAGGCUGACCUGGAACUGGAGGGUUUUCCAGGACACAUCACCAUGGAAGACAAGGGACUUCAGUUUGGCUCGUCAUUCCAGCAGCACUCAGAGCCCAGUACACCCACCCAGUAUAGUGCAGUGAGAACUGUACGGACACAGGGACUGUUCAGUUACAGAGAAGAUUAUAGGACCCCAGUUGACACAACAAACCUUCCACCACCAGAACCCUGGCUGGAGCCAGCCAUUGAGACAGUAGAGACUGGUCGAAUGUCACCUUGUCGACGGGAUGGAUCUUGGUUUAUGAAGUUACUACAUACUGAAACUAAGAGAAUGGAAGGAUGGUGCAAAGAAAUGGAAAGAGAAGCAGAAGAAAAUGAUCUUUCUGAAGAAAUUCUAGGUAAGAUCCGAAGUGCUGUUGGAAGUGCUCAGCUCCUCAUGUCUCAGAAAUUCCAGCAAUUUUAUUGGCUUUGUCAGCAAAAUCUGGACCCGAGUGCCAUGCCGAGACCAACUUCCCAGGACCUAGCAGGUUUCUGGGACUUACUGCAGCUCUCAAUUGAAGAUGUCAGCAUGAAGUUUGAUGAACUGCACCAGUUGAAACUCAAUGAAUGGAAAAUAAUAGAAUCACCUGAAAGGAAGCCAACGGGUUGGUGGAUGGAAGAAAGAAAGAUUCCUCCUCCUGUACCAAAGAAGCCCCCAAAAGGAAAAUUCCCUAUCACAAGAGAGAAAUCUCUGGACCUACCCGACAGACAGCGACAAGAAGCUAGAAGACGGCUGAUGGCUGCCAAGCGAGCAGCCUCUUUCCGGCAGAAUUCAGCCACAGAACGUGCAGACAGCAUCGAGAUCUAUAUCCCAGAGGCUCAAACACGGCUUUAAAGACAGAAUGCUGCAGAGUUCCUUUUUUUAAAAAAAAAUGCUUGUACAGUUUGUCACUUACCUGGUAAUUUUUGUCUCAUUCUCUCCACUAAAUAUGCCCUUGCUGUUGUGUUCUUUGUGCCAUAAGCACAGUGGAAUGCUUUUGAUUUCCUCAGAAUUUGCUGAGCUCACCGCAAGAAUGACUUCUUUUUGUAUUGUCUGACUUACAAUCAGCUACAAUGGAUAGGGCUUGUCAAGACCUGACUUAUCCAAUAUAUUCUCAGAGGACAACAAGAAACACCUCUUGAGAUGGAACCCAGCUUACUUUUUUGUUAUUUAUAUUUUUAUAAAAUGUGUGAUAAUUAGGGAUAAGAAUUACAAACUAUAAAUGGGUGCAUCUCACCAUUCACUAGAGGCAUUAGCUAAUCCAAGUAGAAGGUGCUACAAAUGUAAAGAGCAGGAAAGAAAGAACCCAUUUAUCUCUUUGACCUCCAGUUUCUUUUCCUAGAACCCAGCUAACAUAUUUACCCAUGUGCUCUGCCACUCUUUUCAUCUUUGUUACUGCAAAAUAACAUUAGGCGUCUCAUCUCAUGUCAAGUUUCUGGAGAUGAACAGGGAUACCCAGCCACUAAAACUCCAAAGUUCAUCAGAAACUAAGAAGCAUACAAGUCUGGUGGUGGUGGGAAUGUCCACUAAGAAACAUUUGCUGUUAGCAGCAUAACGACACUCUGAAACCUAAGCAAAAUUGUAAUGCAAGAGGACUUGAAUGAUGGGUGAAAGGAAAACAGAAGCCUUAAAAAGUUAGAUCUUCUGUAGUAAGAUGUGUAAAGAAAAAGUUAUACUCGCUCCUUUGGAACACUCAUUGCAUUUUUAACAGUUCUUUUACAUGUUAACAUUUAUUUUAUAAACCUUCUCUCUUUCAUUUCAAGAGCCGUGCUACAUGUACUAUUUAAAACUCUCAAAUUGUUAUAACAAUUGAGUUUCCAGGGUAUCCUUGAGAACAGAAAAUCUUGCUUGUUUAAAAUGCCAGUUGUGAUGUUGUAAACAGUUUAAGAAAUAUGAAUGUGAGUGGUAAGUAUAUAUAAGUUUAAAUGGUUAUGUUAAGGUAAAGGUGAACUGUGGUUUACAGUUGUAUUUUUUUUUUAGAACUAUUUUUCUAUGCAGUAUCAUUUAUGGCAAGAAUAAACUUCUUGCUUGCUUCAGACAUAGAAAAAAAAAACAUGACUCAAGAGAUAAGCGAUUUCCAGCCAGGAAAUAUAAGGAAAAUAAUAUAUUUUCAAGCCUCACAUUGUCAGGAGAGAAGUGGCAACUUCCACAGCCAAGAGGCUUUAAUUUAAAACUAAUUAAGACAGAAUUAUUCCACUUCACCUACCUUCCAGAGCCAACUGAGCAAUCCAGCACUUAAAAGUCUUCAGGUGAAGACGCAAUAAGAUGAGUAACCUGCAGCCCCCAGUUCCAAGGUUUGAAUCCUACUGAACACAACUUUAGGUCAAAACAGUGUGAACCCAGUGAGACAAACAGCCCCAGCUACCACAUUCCCUGUUUACCUGCUUUAACAAAUGCAAUGCAUUUAGCCAUAGGCAAAACAACUAUUUAAUUAUACUUGAGCACUUUGGUUCUUCACCUGAUGAGCACUUUAAAUACGAAUCCCACACACCUUGCAGCCUGAUGGAUGACUGAAAACAUGAAGUAUUGUAGGUUAUGCAGAUCUGACAUUGCUUCAAAUCUGUUUUCUUUUGUUUGCUUUUUUUCUUUUUCCUUCUCUUUUUCCUACAGUGUAUGUUAUUAAGCAUGACUUCUGUCUUUGGAGCACAGAUGAUAAAGCAUGCUUGGCUUCAAGAUACGAAUCUUUAGAGAUGAAGUUUUGAGAAGUUUCUUUGAGAAGAAACCCCUGUAAAUUGAGCCUGAUAUCUGGUGUAUACUUUACCAAAUAGCCUUAAAUUAUAUUUGGAAGCAAAAACCAAGACGAAUGUAUAUCCUUCAAGAAUGCAAAAAAAAAA